AUGGCAAGCUAUGCUACCCAACAACUCCUUGCCAUAUGCAAGGAGACCAUCAACCUUGCUGGAGACAAAGAUCAGGGCAAGCCUGGCCCAUUGACUGGGCCUGUCACCCCUCCUGGCCACACAGGAGAAGAAACCCACACUCCAGGAGUGGUUAGGCCUGGACUCAAGGCCCUGUUCUGCCCAUCCAGGGGCACAGGAUUUGACUCAGAGGACCAAGGAGAACCAAGGAGGACUCCCAAAAAAGAGCCUUGUGAUGCGCCUAGGAGCCUUAGCUCCCUCACCCCCUUUGACACUGGGUCAAGUGUAAAAAGACCCAAGAUGGAACUCCCUGACCCAUAUAAGGGAGACACCAGGGGACAGAAGGCCAUGCAAUGGCUGGACCACAUGCUACUAUGGGUGGCACUGCACCAGGAUCAGUUCAACAAGGAGGAACAAAUGGUGGUCUGGAUCCUAUACCACAUGGAAGACAAAGCUGUGGACUGGGCUCUCCACAUUAUUGGGACCAUCAUUAAAGGAGAGACCAAUGCCCCCACCACCAUUCCUACCAUGGCAGCCCGCUUCAAGGAGGCCUUUGCCAAUCCAGACGCCAAAAGAGCUGCAAGGCGUAAAAUUGCUGCCCUCACCCAGACUGCCACAACUGCAGAAUAUGUCACAGAAUUUCCUUCAUUGGAAAGUCAAGAGCUCUUGUCCACCAAGGACAAUGUCCCUGAAGAGCUCAAGGCCAUUUUUGCAGUGGCCAUCAAAAUUGACAACACCUGUUGCAAGAAUGGUGAGAAUUGUCCCAAGAAGGCAGCAAAGCCCCCAGCCACUGUGGCCACAUCCCCUCCACAACUACCACCAGGGUCCACCUAUUGGAGGAUCCUAACUACAUCACACCAGAAGAAAGGGACCAUUGCUGUGCAGCAAGGUUGCCACAAUCAAAGAAAUGGCCAAGGUAGCAGAAGCCAAGGAGUUGGGAAAAGAGUAAGGCCAAGGAUUACCGCCAAACCCUUGGUCCCCAACAAUGUACCUGUAGAAGUUUCCAAAUUUGUAUCUAUUGCUUUGGACUCCAAUAAACACCCCCUACUCUUUAUUGAUCUACAUGUGCAAAACUCCUUGGUGGAACCUGUCAAAACCCUGAUAGAUUCAGGAGCUACCUCCAACUUUAUCUCUCUGGGCCUAGUAGAAAAGCUCAAAAUCCCAAAAUCCCAGCUCAAAAAUCCACAAGUUGUGAGGAUGUUAGAUGGUACAAUUUCACAGACUGGUUGCAUAUGGCACCAGGUUCAACUUGCAGUCUUGGCCAAUGGCCAUACACAUUCCAUCCCUUUCCUUGUUUGCCCAAUAGGCAACACCCAGGCAAUCCUAGGCAUGAUAUGGCUAACAGCAGAAACUCCCCUCAUCAACUGGCAACAGGGACUAGUUACAUUCCCCAAACAAGUUCAAAUUGCCUUGGAAGAAGAAGCAGAUCCAGAUCCUUUGGCUGAUCUGCCCACUCAAUACCAUGAGUUUGCCAAGAUCUUUGGCAAAGAAGAAUUCAAGACCCUACCUCCACACAGGGAGUACAACAUUGCAAUUGACCUUGUAUUGGACACCAAACUCUCCCCUGGACCAAUCUACAGCAUGACAGACGCAGAAUCCAAGGCACUGAAGCAACACAUAGACAAGGAACUGGCUACAGGCAAAAUACAGCCCAGUACCUCAUCUGCCAGCACUCCUGUCAUGUUUGUAAAAAAGGCUGAUAGAUCUUUAAGGCUGGUAGUGGAUUAUUGGAAGUUGAAUGACAUCACCCACAAAAAUGUCUACCCGCUCCCCAGGCAGGACAACCUUAUGGCUAAACUUAGGCACGCCAAGAUCUUCACCAAACUGGACUUACAGUGGGGUUAUAACAACAUACAGAUCAAAGAGGUUAUGCCCUUUGGACUUACAAAUGCUCCAGCUGCGUUUCAACACUUCAUGAACAACCUCUUCAGGGAUUUGAUUGACAUCACUGUAGUUAUAUACCUGGACAAUAUCUUGAUCUUUUCUGAAAAACCAGAAGAACAUCCAGGUCACAUCAGGGAGGUGCUUUCAAGGCUCAUGGCAAACCAGCUAUUCUGUAAACUGUCCAAGUGCCACUUCCAUGUUACCACAGUGGACUACUUGGGUAUUGUCAUUUCCCCAGCAGGUUUUUCAAUGGACCAGAAAAAGAUUGAAGCCAUCACCUCAUGGCCCAUGCCUAGGACCAUCAAGCAAACCCAGGCCUUCCUUGGCUUUGUCAACUACCUCCACUGUUUUAUUCCCAAUUUUAGCUCAGUAGCACAGCCUCUCCAUAACCUCACAAAGAAAGACCCCCUGGUCAUGGGGUAA